GUGCACUGUGGGACUGGCUGUGUGUGCCAGCCAGGAGAGGGACUACCUGGCACACUGAGGCCAGGCACCAGAACUCAUGGAGCUUGCUGGCUUCCACUGCUGCUCGUGGACAGUGAUCCUUCUCUCAGCCUUACUUCCGACCACAUGGAGACCCCCAGCUGCUGCCCACUUCAUCCACCGUGCCGACCUGCUUAGCAACACCCAGAUGGAGAGAGCUCCACUGGCCAAGCUCACCCUCACAGUCAAUCAGAGCACUGUCACAGAGCAGAGGGAAAUGGCAGUUUUCUACUGUAACACUAAUGCUGAUAACAUCACCAUCCACUGGGUCUCCAACAACUCUCUGCUUGUGUUGAAUGAGCGCAUGAAGCUGUCUGCAGAUAACAAGACCCUCACCAUCCUCAUUGUCCAGCGGGAGGACUCGGGGUCUUACCUGUGUGAAGUGCAGCAUGGCUUUGAGGUUCAGAGAAGUAACACUGCCUCGCUGACGGUGAACUAUGGUCCUGAUCCUGUAUCAAUCAAGCUGGACUCAGGAGUAGCUGCUGGGGAUGUGGUGGAGGUGAUGGAAGGCAACACCGUGAACUUCAGGGUGGAAGCACAGUCCUCCCCUGUCCCUGCCUAUGCCUGGUAUCUCCCCAGCGACUUCAUCCAGCCCCCUACCACAGGAACAUUCACAAUCGAUGCUGUGUCCAGGGAACAUGAGGGCAUGUACAGGUGCCUGGUGUCCAACCCUGUCACCAACUUGUCCCGCCUAGGUGUGGUCAAAGUCCAAGUGCUUGAAAAAGUGACUGCACCGAAUAUCGAGUUCCCAACCUUGGCCCUUGUGGAGAAUGCCACCUCUGUGACACUGACCUGCAAAACCAGCCACCAGAGGGUUGGUGUCCAUUGGUUUCUAAAGGGUCAGCCACUCAGGCCUAGUGACCGCCUGACACUGUCAUCCCAAAACAGAACCCUGACCAUCCAUGGCCUUCAGAGAGAUGAUAUUGGGCCCUAUGAGUGUGAGGUGUGGAACUGGGGUAGCCAGGCACGCAGCGUCCCCCUGAAGCUCACCAUCAACUAUGGCCCCGACCAAGUGGAAAUCACCCAGGGGCCAGCGUCUGGAGUGGUCAGCACUAUUGAGGCAAUGCUCAACUCCAGCUUGACCCUGUAUUGCCGGGCAGACUCCAUACCAGGUGCCAGGUAUCAGUGGACCCAUGAGCACUCCUCUAAGGUGCUUGAUGGGGAGCAGCUGAGCAUCGAAGCACUGAGGCAGGAGCAUCAGGGCAUUUACAGCUGUACAAGCUCCAAUGAUGUCACCGGCCUGGCCCGAUCUGCCUCUGUCCUGGUCAUGGUGGUAGGUCUCCAGUCAUCCUCUAUGUCUCCUGGAGCCAUCGCUGGCAUCGUUAUCGGGAUCCUGGUUGCCAUUGCUUUGGCGAUAGGUCUGGGCUACUUCCUCUACAGCACAAAGGACAGAUGGACUCGCAGGAGAUCAGCCAGUGAUACAACGAGCUCUAAUACCAUACCACCCACCUCUGUGAUGCAGAGCACCCCGGAGUCCAGGCACAACAAACCAAUGACUGUGUAUGACAAUACCCCAAAGCCCGAAGGAGAGGCCAGAGGCAAAAAGAUGUGGUCACUGCCACGUGACUCCCCAGAGCAGUUCUAUGAGAAGAAACCACCUUCUGCAGCUCCUGAGGGCCCCAGGAAGCCAUUGCCCCAAAUCCCAAAGCAGCCAUUGAUGCCCCCAGGACCAGGCAGAAAUGAAGAGUCAAAUUAUGAGAAACUGCUGAAUUCAAACCAUAGUCUUUACUGCAAGAUCACCCCAUCAGCCUGACGCAUGCCAAGCUUCUUUUCCCAGUUAGACAUGCCAUCCUGGGCCACAUACUCUGUGACCUUGAUACCUGCACUUUAGAAUCCAGCCAUUCCUUGCCACCACUGCGGACUUCAUGAUGACCUAGCUGGAUCAGACUCUGGACAAACAGGUUCCACCAAAUCUUAGCUUCUGGCUCACGCUUCAUUUAUAGCAACAGAGCUAUAAAUAGCUGGAUUUUGGGGAGAUGGCUCAGUCAUUAAGAUCACUUGCAGCUCUUCCAAAUACCACAGGUUCAGUUCCCAGAACCCUUGUAUGGAGACUUACCUAUUCUAACUCCAGCUUCUAGGGAUCCAAUACCCUCCUCUGGCCUCUGCAGAGACAUGAAGACAUACAGAUUAAAAAAAAAAAAAGCAAAUCUCACUCUCUUUUCUCUUCUCUUCUCUUCUCUUCUCUUCUCUUCUCUUCUCUUCUCUUCUCUUCUCUUCUCUUCUCUUCUUUUCUUUUCUUUCAGACAAUGUUUCACUAUGCAGCCCUAGCUGGCCUGGAACUUGCUAUGUACAUCAGGAUGGCCCUGAACUCAUAGAGAUCCCACUGCCUUUGCUGGGGUUAAAGGCAUAUGCCAUCAUACCCAGCUCAGUGUGAUGAGAAGCUCAGUGGUUAAGUGCUUUGCCUGACAGGCAUUGAAUCUGGGUCCAGUCCCUAGUAGCACACAUACAAAAUGCAACAAAGGGUCUGGAGAGGUUUCUAGUGCUUAAGAUGCACAUGUCUCUUCAAGAGGACCCAAGGUCAUCUCCCAGGGCUUAGGUCAGUGCCUCACAACUUCCUGUUAGCUCCAGCUCCUGAGCCUCAUGUGCUUAUGUGCACACACAUAAUAAAUAGUGCCUGGGUACACAUAAAAAAUCUUCCUUUUUUAAAAAAAGCAAUGGCAGGCUGCAUAGUGGAAAGAUGGCUCAGCAGUUAAGAGCUCUGGCUGUUCUUCCGGAGGACCUAAGUUCAAUUCCCAGCACCCACAUGGAAACUUACAACUAUCUGUAACUCCAGCUCCAGUGGCACCCCUCACACCAGCAUACAGGCAUAUAAAAAUAAAGAUAAACUAUUUAAAAGAAAA